AUGUCUGUUGAGCCGCAAGCCAGGAAGAAGAGGAGCGCCUCCGACGUCAGCGCAGUCAAGCAACGGACAACGCCCGAGGAUGAUCACCGGCGCAAGCGUCGCAACCGCACUACGCAGUCAUGUCUCAACUGCCAUACCUCCAAGCGCAUGUGCGACCGCAAGCGCCCCUGCGGCCGGUGCACUCAACUCGGUCUGACUGGCCUCUGCGUCUAUGAGGUCGAUGACCCGAGCAGGAACGGCGACUCUCAGGAUGAGAAGUGCCGCCUCCAGAAGCGAGUAGCGGAGCUCGAGAGCGUCAUACGUGAGCUGAAGAAUAAACCGCACCCACGGUGGGUGGCAGGGCAAGAUACCAGCGACAGAGCUCGCAUGCAACAGGCUGCCACCUCGUCUCCGCCGCCGCUGACGAUCAACACCGGCCCAUAUACCCCUCGAGGCUCGACACCGGGUGGGCCGAGUCGUUCUUCCCCGGUCCCGGAGUCGGGCGGCACUGUCACCCGCGCCCCCACCUUCUCACACAGUUCUCCCCUCAUGAGCGUCGGGCCGUUGAGAGUGCCCUCCAGCCCCUCAGCCGCCGACAGCUCACCCAUCGCCACUCCCUCUCCCAUGUCUGUCUCGCCUCUUGACCCUCAUCUUUCGUGCGGUCUCGGUCUCAACAGUGAUUAUGACCUCUCCUCAUUAUUUGCCUGCUCCGCGGAGAAGACGGGGAUGGAAGAAAGCUUCUUCAGCGAGAUCUGGGAUCGACUCGUCCCCCCUGGUGGUAGCUGCGACUCAGCUCGACCGGGCGAACAUUGCGGCUGUCUCAACGACCCCGCAACAUACAACACCAUCCUCGAGCUGUCACUGCGCCUCCGGAAGGCCGCCGAUAUUCUCGGCCGCUCCACGAACCAUACCUCGGGCAUAUCUAAUUGUAUGGUUAACCAGAACAUUGUCGAACUCGACAGAUUCACGUCGACUGCCCUGGGGAACAUCAAUGCCCCUCCGGAUCCUUUCGGGUCUGGCUCCAAUCAGAACCGUGCCACGAUCUCGGCGCCGUCAAACACGUCUGCCACGUACAGCACGUUCGGGACUCGGCCAAAUCCGAGCACUUCUGCACAGGGCGUGACCGUAUCUCCCCCCCUGGUGCAGUCGCAAUCCGUCAGGACGUGGGACUACAAGCCCGACUCGCCAUAUCUCAGUUCGCCUUGGGAGGAUCCAUUCAUGUCAUGGAUGCCCCAGCGUCGCUGA